AUGUCUUCGUUCGCAAGUCCUAUUCCUCCGCCUGUUUUUGACUCGGAUGAAUCGGAUGUAGCCAGUCAGCAAUCUACAGACAGUAGUUAUCUAGCGUCACAAUUUAAUCGACGAACUCGUCUCUCAUUUUCACCGAGAUUAACUGUUAAUAGUAGUUGUAGUCAAGUUUUACCACCAUCAUCAGCAUUUUUUGAUGAUUCAACAUGUGGUAGCUGUAGUCAACCAUCGCAAGAUGAUUCACGUUUUCAUAGUCAACCAUCGUCCCAACAAGAUUUCAUUCUUAAUGAUUCAAUAAAUAUUGAAUCAGCAUUAUCUCGUUUAACAACAUUAUCUCAAACGCCAUCCGAAGUUUCCUAUCAAUCAUCACCUAUAUCUUCGCAUAUUAAAAAAUCCAAUGAAUUCAAAUCGCCUUGUCGUCUUCGUUAUACACCAUUGUCUAGCAGUGUUGCUACAAAACAAACAACAAGUUAUACAGUUAAAUAUGCAACAAAGAGUACUACAAAUACAAAUAAGCGUAAACGAAGUACAACACGAAAUCGAGAGACAAAAGUUCGAUCGAAUACGUCUAUAGCUGGUGUUUCAUUGAAAACACCCGAUCAAUCACCGUGUACACGACGUAAAAAUCUUGAUUAUGUACAAGAAAGUACAUUUCGUUCACCAAAAGUUCAACGUCGAAGUCGUCAACACGAUGAUUCAAUUAGUUUAACAACAUCAACAAUAUCAAAUCAUGAACAAUCAAUAUCAAAGCCGAAAGGAGAUCUAGUCAAUACGAAUCCAUUUAGUCCACAAUUAGAUUCUUCACUCAUAAAACGUGCUAAACUUGAUUCUCCAUAUAAACCAACCAACAAAACAAGUACUACACCAACACCACGUUAUCGUACACGUCUUGUUGCUAAACGUGAUCAACAAUCUACAGCUCAUGUUCCAUCGGAUACUCAACAAUCAUUACGUAUCGUUCCUGCUGAUUCACCAUUGUUACGUGAAUUAACUAUUCGACGAUUUGAUGAAGAAUUUCAUCAAGAAUAUCUACUUGGUCAAGGAGAAUUUUCUCAUGUUUAUCUAUGUAAGAAUCGUCUCGAUGGCAUAACCUAUGCUAUUAAAGCUUCUAAACAACCAGUGGUUGGUACAAGUUACGAACAAAUGGCAUGGCGUGAAACAUGUGCGCAUGCUGUACUUAUAUCACAUGAAAAUUUAGUACGAUACCAUUCAGCAUGGAUUGAACCCGAUGGAAGAUUUUUUGUUCAAUUAGAAUAUUGUAAUUCUGGAUCAUUAGGUGAUAUUCUGGAAAAAAAUCGUCGCAAUCAUAUGUUUACUAAUGAACCACAAUUAAAACAAAUUGUUCAUCAAAUUAGUGAUGCAUUAGCAUUUAUGCAUGCACAAGAUUUGGCACAUUUGGAUAUCAAGCCAGCGAAUAUUAUGUUAUGUCAACGUUCAGUAAAUUUAGAAAAAGACAACGUUGAUUAUGAUGAUGAUCGUACGAAUAAUAUUAUUUAUAAAUUAACUGAUCUAGGACAUGUUAGUCAGAUAAGUUUAUCAACAAGUGAAGAAGACGGUGAUAGUCGUUAUUUAGCAUUAGAAGCAUUACAAAAAUCAAAAUCGAAACAAAUCAAUUUAGCUAAAUGUGAUAUUUUUUCGUUAGGUUUAACAUUAUAUGUUUGUGCAACAAAUCGCGAAAUGCCUAAACAAGGUAAUGAAUGGCAACAAUUGAGAUUGAAUAUUACACAUUAUCUUCAUGCUAUUUCACAUUGUACAAAUCAAUUCAAUGAAAUUAUACUUGGACGUAUGUGUAAUAUUGAUCCUAAUCAAAGACCAUCAGCCUAUGAACUUUUGCUGAAUCCUAUUGCCAGUCCAACAUUCCCGACUAGUCGGGAAUCUCUACGACAUAGUUUAAAACGUGAACGCCAUAAAAAUUUAAUGUUAAACAAAAAACUACUCAGCCAUUAUCUUUUAACAAAUUCAUCCGAUCUUCAAACAUUGCCACUAAGCGUCAACGAUACAAACAACACAAGUCUUCAAUGUCAACCAUUAUUUGUUUCUCCUACACAAUCGACGGUUCCACAACUUCAAUAUGCCUCAACACCUAAUGAUUAUUCAAGAAAAUUACUAAUUAACACAUCGACUACGCCAUCGCAUGUAACCGCAGCAAAUAUGAAUCAAUCGUUUGCAUCGCCCUUACGAGGUGGUUCGCUUGCAACUAAACAAUCAACGAAACCGGUCGGAUCCAAUAUGCUUCGUCAUUAUUCUAGUAUCAUCUAG